CGAAACAGAGCAAGGUCGAGUUCCGAAGCAGUCUUUUUGCUCUUUGACCAAAACUUCUAUGUUUCUCUUAAAACUAAGGUGACUCAAAAUGGACAAUCGAUGGGUUAAUGGUAGACAGGAAAUGGCUGCACGAGAUAAACGGCGACUGGAAAAGGAGCAUAUUUAUCAGGACACCCUUAUUGAUGAUUUGGCAGAUGAUUUUCGCUUGCCAAUCCAUCACAAGCCAACAGAAAAUGUUGAUCUGGAUAAUGUGGAACAAGCUUCGUUGGACACACAGUUGACAUCAUCUAAUAUUGGUUUUAGGCUUCUCCAAAAAAUGGGAUGGAAGGGGAAGGGUCUUGGGAAGAAUGAGCAAGGAAUAGUUGAGCCAAUAAAAUCUGGUAUCAGAGAUCCAAAAUUAGGGGUUGGAAAACAAGAAGAAGAUGAUUUUUUUACUGCAGAAGAAAAUAUCCAGCGGAGAAAGCUCGAAGUUGAGGUAGACGAGACUGAGGAGCACGCAAAGAAGCGGGAGGUGUUAGCAGAGCGUGAGCAGAAAAUUCAAACUGAGGUGAAAGAAAUACGCAAGGUGUUCUAUUGUGAUCUAUGCAACAAGCAAUACAAGUUGGCUAUGGAAUUUGAAGCUCACCUGAGCUCAUAUGAUCACAAUCACAGAAAGCGUUUUAAAGAAAUGAGAGAAAUGCAUGGCUCUAGCAGUCGGGAUGAUCGGCAAAAACGAGAGCAGCAACGUCAGGAGAAGGAGAUGGCUAAGUUUGCUCAAAUUAGGGCAGAUGCUCGUAAGCUGCAACAGAAGCAGGAAGAGUCUGUGUCUUCUCCAGUUCCUACUGAAGUGAGAGGUGCUACGGCACUUGUAGUUCAGGAUCAGCGGAAGGCAUUAAAGUUUGGUUUUUCUUCUAAAGGUGGAACCUCCAAGAACUCUUCUAGCAGUGCUGCAAAGAAGCCGAAAGUGGCUGUCGCCUCAGUUUUUGGCAAUGAUAGCGACGAAGAAAAGUGAAAAGUUACCCUUGCAGCUGAGCAUCAGCAUUAGUGUACCUUUUGUAUUGCUGGCCUUGCCUUUUACUGUUUAUGUAGUUUAUGUAGUUUAUGUGAUUGUAUUGCUCGCAUAGCCUUCUGUUUAAUGUCUAUGUGACCCAUACCCAGAGUUUUUUUAUAGAAUUGUCUUGAUUAGGGUAAAUCCUUACUGGAUUUUUUCAAUGAAUGAGAAAAAAAUUGAUCCA